GAAGGUUAGGCGAUAACUGUCCCAAAAUGGUUCGAUGGUAUGGGAGUUCUAUUGAGGAUCAGGAAUUUCCUAUUCCUGGAAAAACACCUCCAAAUACACGUGGUGAAAGAGCAAAGGCUGACGAAAACUUGCGUGAAGUAUCCAUGCAUAUAUUAAUUAGGCAACUGGGAAAACCUUAUCAGGAAGAGAUUUCAGCUUAUGACAGGCAGUUUAAACAACAUCCUGAUGGAGUUGAUUAUAAAGUUGUAACUAAGUACAGAAGCAUUAUCUCUAAAGCGGUCAUUGAAGAGGUCAAGCGAUAUGACGUUAUAUUUUGUACAACAGCUAUGGCAACGAAUCCUAAACUUCUUAAAGGAACAAGGGGUCGGAUUUUUCAAAUCAUCAUUGACGAAUGUGGAAUGUGUACAGAACCCGAAAGUAUAACCUCCAUUAUAGCAACACGAGCUGAACAAGUAGUACUUAUUGGUGACCACAGACAACUACGACCAAUUGUUAAAUCUACCUACGCCGCCAAACUGGGAUUAGAAAAGUCUUUGUUUGAAAGAUAUGCCAAUAAAGCAACUCUUUUGACUUCACAGUACAGAAUGAAUCCUGAAAUAUGUGCAUUUGCUUCGCAUCAGUUUUAUAACGAUAGAUUGAAAACAAAGCCGUCAUGUACAUGGAUGACCAAUAUUCCAUUGAGAUCUUGGAUAAAUAAAGUUAUUCCAGUAAUAUUCUGCAAUGUUGCGGGCAAGGAGGAUUAUCUUCCUUUUGACACAGAUGAAGGAAAUGAACAGUCCUGCUCUAACCAAGAAGAAGUGGAACAUGUGGUAAAGAUUUUUAAACAUCUGGUUGAUGACGAAUUGAUAGAUCCAGAAUACAUCAACAUCAUGAGUCAAUAUAAUGCUCAGUGUACAGCUAUCAGGAAAGCACUGAAUGCAGAAAAGUUUAUAAAGUUCAACGUGAAUACAGUUGUAGCCAGUCAAGGUGGUGAAUGGGACUAUGUUAUCAUGAGCCUGGUACGAUCUUUACCACAUUAUAGAAUAGAACCAAAGCCUACGUUGGGCUGGUGUAAACAGAACCUUGGUUUUAUCACUGACGAGCAUCAAACAAACGUGGCAUUGACAAGAGCUCGUAAAGGGCUAAUAGUUGUAGGACAUAAGGAGUUGUUAACGUGUAAUGAGGUAUGGGGAAGUUUUAUUAACCAUUAUGGCAGAAGGGGUUGCGUGGUUGAUAAAGAAAAAUAUCCACCACAACCACUUUCAAAAAGGAAAAAGAAGAAGUCAAAGAAUAGAGGAAAGAAAACGUUUGAAGAACAAACCGAAAAUCUUGAGCAGGUCAAUAAUGGCCAUGAAGAAUCCUGAAUGACUAAUAAGCCUCUAAAUACGCGUCGUACAGUAUGCUUUUAAUUUAGAUGGUUACAUAAUCUUUCAAAAACCUUGUCUAUCUACUAUGAUUACAGUUGUGAAAUUAGUUUUAUAUACACAAAUUUGGUGAUGUGAAAUGGUUGUCAAUGAGACAAACUAUCCAUCAAUUCGCAAAGACACUGAGGAAAACAUCAACUUGUCGCUGAAUAACAUGCAUUAAUAGGCAGAACUGAUAUCGUUUAGAUAAUAUAAAAAUAUAAAGUUGUAGUACAAUUGCCAAUGAACAAUUUCCGAAACCAAAAACAUUGUUAUUUAGAGGUCUUUGAACAGGUAAAUUUUUUUUUCUUCAAAACUAUUAAUACUAUUUGAAGUUUUUUUACCAGUAAUUUUGACACUUUUUUUGGAGAAUAUGUAUAUGUUAACACAAUUAUUUAAAACAUAUGUAAAACAAAA